AUGCCAAAGAUUUCGGAUCCUUCUGCGAAGCCAAUACUGAUUACAAAACAAGAAGCUAAAGCUCAAGUAAAUGAAGAAAAUAUGACUAAACCUGAAAUUUUGUUGAAGAUAGAAACUCUUCUUGAACAGCUUUGUGAAAGUGUCCAAAAAAAUUAUUCAGGAUUAAAGUUGAAAAAGCAAAGUGAAUUAUUAGAUAUACUACAAGAAGUGAAGUGCCUAUUCGAUUUGGAUAAUGCAUUUAAUGACCAAGAUUGUUUAGAAAACUCGGGGACAGAUCAGCAAGAAUAA